AUUGGCAUACACCUUAUGAAGCUGUGGAAUCCCUGCAACUAACCUUACGCAUAAUCCUUCAACGCGACGAUCUCCAACGAAUUAUAUCCAUCCACGACAAAGCUGUUGGCUUAGAAUUGAAUCUCAAGCAUUUUUCAGGAAAAGAAGUAAUAAGGGAGGUAGCAAAUACAUCAGAAGAGAUUAUUCAAUAUCUUUUCUCCCCACAAAAUUUAUCAGCUGAUUGUGGAUCCAUAGAACCGAGUGUCAGACUUUCAGACCAAUUGGGGGAGUUGGCUGAGGAGCUCGAUUCAACUGUUGGAUAUGUCGUUGACUACUGCAAGAUCUCACUCCGGCAACAGAGUAAUGUUGCGGUUGGUUUUUGGCGAGGAUGUGACAAAUUCUACUGCUGCUACAUCAUCAUCAUCAUCAUCAUCAUCAAGACCUGCACCUACAAUCACUUUUUUUGCGGCUGACUUUGAUGAAGAUCCUAGUGCUUCACCACCCACGAGCAGAGAUGAUGUGGUUGGUUUUGAUAAAGAUAUACUACACAUGAUCGACCGAAUAACUGACUAUUCGUAUUCCAACCAAGAAAUCCUGCCUAUUGUCGGAAUGGGAGGCAUUGGCAAGUCCACACUUGCUAAAUAUAGUUAUCACCAUCCAUUGAUCAUGGAGCAUUUUGAUAUUCGAGGUUGGGUCACAAUAUCACAAGAUUAUAUUAUACCAAGUAUUCUCUCACAAUUACUAGCUUCGCUCAACGGAAAAGUACAUCAAGUUGGAAGGGAUUCAUUGAUAGUAAUCAAAGCUGAGAAGCUUGAAAUUUACAAAAUCUUAUUGGGGAGGAGGUAUCUCAUAAUAAUGGACGAUAUGUGGAGUACGGAAGCUUGGGAUCACGUGCAGAGGCUAUUUCCAAACAAUCAUAAUGGAAGCCGGAUCAUAUUAACCACACGGCUAAUGGAAGUGGCAACUUAUGCUGCCACUGGGCAGAAAAUUCAUAUGAUGAGUUUCUUGGAUGACGAACAAAUUUGGCGAUUGUUCCACCACAAGGUUUUCGGAGAUCAAGAUUGUCCUGAUGAGCUACGUAGUGUUGGAGAAAAAAAUAGUAAAAGGAUGUGGAGGACUGCCCCUCUCAAUUGUUACUGUGGCAGGACUUUUAUCGAGGAUUCCUAGAACUCCCAAGUUGUAGCAGCGAAUUGAAGUAAAUGAUGGGCAGUUGGGAUCAAUAUUAUCAUUGAGCUACAACCACUUGCCUCCACACUUGAGGAAGUGUUUCUUGUAUAUGGCAGCCUUCCCUCAAGAUUAUGAGAUCCAUGCCUCUGAACUCUUCAAACUUUGGGCAGCUGAGGGCUUUAUAGAAUGGCGAAAUGAAUCUGAAAGCGUAGAACUAGUUGCGGAUGACUACUUGGAGGAUCUGAUCAAGCAAAGUCUAGUUUUGAUCACUAGCCGGAAAAUUGAUGGCAAAAUCAAAAGUUGCAGGCUACAUAGUAUGGGGCGGGACUUUUGUGUGAGACAGGCUGGGCGAGAGAAGUUCAUUCUUUCUGUUAUGGACUACUUCCCUACUCUUAUCUUGAGAAGACAUUUUCUUCCACAAGUCCUCCAAAAUCAUCACCGUGUAAGUGUUAGUUGGCAUGAUUUACAUCUUCAAGACUCUAUGCAUAGCUCAUGCACCGCUUCUAUUAUAUGCAUCCCACAGAGAGGGUAUAGGCCCAAAGGCUCUGUAGAGAACUUUACUUCACUUAGGGUACUUCACGUUUUACGUAGUAAUGAUCAUUCAUAUUGGGAGCUAGGUCAAGUGUUUAAAUUGAUUUAUCUCACUUACCUUGCUUCCAACAUUCCCGAUGAUAUUGUCCCUCCAGCUAUAGCAAAGCUUCAGAAUCUGCAGACUUUAAUUAUUUAUAGAUCUUACGUUCGUUUGCCCGUAGAGAUUUGGAGUCUGAGGCAGUUGAGACAUCUUAUUGCCUUCUCAUUUCAACCUUUACCCCUUCCCGAAAGAGUAACUCUUUCUCGAGUAAACUUGCAAACGCUUUCCAUGGCAAUAGACUUAGUGUGCAGUGUUAAGAUGGUGAAAAUGAUUCCCAACAUAAAAAAAUUGGGAAUAUGUUACUCUGGAACGAAGUUUGGUGCUGAAUAUUAUUAUACUGACAAUCUUAUACGCCUGCGUCAAGUUGAGAAGCUGAAAUUGGAGAUAUAUGGUUCAUGUGUGCCACGUCUGACUUGUUUACCUUUGUCGCUGAAAAAGUUAGAACUGAGUGGCCGGUGGAUUUCAUGGAGAGAUAUGACGAUUGUUGGUUCGUUGCCUAAUCUUCAAGUGUUGAAACUAAAGAACUAUGCUUGCUAUGGGGAACACUGGGGUACCAUUGAGGGGGAAUUUGGUAAUCUGAUAUAUCUGCUUAUUGAUGAAUCAGAUCUCCAGUGUUGGAGAACUAAAUGGACCCACUUUCCAAGCCUCCAGUGCCUAAUGCUUCAUCGUUGUCUAUACUUGGAUGGGAUUCCAAAUGAUGUUGCAGAUAUUCAAACACUGAAACUGAUUGAGAUUGAUGAUCUUAACCAAUCUCUUUUGUACUCGGCAAAAAAAAUACAAGAGGAACGUCAAGACUGGGUAAAAGAAGACCCAAAGGUUGUUGUGAAGCGUUCUUGAUCCUCUUUCAAACUUGAUUGUGUGUGUGCUUUGACAUCAGAUGCAAAGCUUUGAUGAGGUAGCUACUGAAGAGGCAGGGAAUUAAAGGUGCAAUGGUUGGUGAUGUUUGUUUUAAGUGUGCAAGACAAAUGUUGUGUUAUCAGAUAUUGUAUAAUGAAAUGUGAAUGGUUGGUGAUGUGUGUUAAGGAGGCAUGUUUGUUUAGAUUAACAUUCUUGUUUACAUUGUUUACUCUACAGUCAACAUAGGGAAGAAAUUGGAUUUUAAGAAUAGGACUUGGUUGAUCACAACUAAUGAUGAAAAUUUUAGCCACUUUCGCUUCUAGUAAUAGGUGGCAUCCUUGCCACAAGGUAUUCGGCCUCAGAUAUGAAUGUGACAAAGAAAUCGUGUGAUGAAGUGUCCACACAUGUGAGCAAGUUAUGGGCCCACCACGCUACUUCCUUUGAGUCCAUCAUGAGAUGACCUCCCCUACCUUUAAUGUACUUUACUUCGAGAAGCCUUGGCAUGUGUUCGGGUUGGAGGAAGAAGCUAUUGCUAUCGAUACCAUAUUAAACCGAAAGCAAUUGAGAACCCGCGGUGAAGAAAUAAGGAGAUCUUUCUAUAUCGAAAUAUCAGUUGAAAAAUUCAUAGGAAAAUUUCUGGAUCGCCCACUUUAGUCCCGUCUCCUGUCGCAUGUUAACAU